UCAUCACAUAGAAUAUGGAGUUUAUGUUUCAGCUUGUACUAGUCAGUUUCAUGGUCGUUGCUUUAGCUGCCAGCAACUUAGGAUCAUCUUACCGGUAUGCCUGUAAUUUAAAUACAGGGGAAUAUAAAUGCACUUACAAGUUUUGCACAAAUACUUUGGAUGGUACACAAAAUUGCACUACUAGUGAUUUCAUUCCUAAAAAUAUAGCUGGCCAGAGAAGAGCAUCUUCCUACAGGUAUUCUUGUGCUUGGAAUACUGGAGUAUAUAAAUGCACUCAUAUACGAUGCACCCAAUAUUUCGGCGGUCAUAAAAAUUGUACCACAAGCGUUACUACCACAAAGUAA